AUGUCAGAUUGGGUUUCGACUUUCCCUGGUUAUACCCAAGUACUCACGACUAUCAAAAAAUGCUUUGGGGGGAUCGUUCGUACGGGUCCUACACCUCGUCAUGUGGGGAUCAUCAUGGAUGGAAAUAGAAGGUACGCCAAAUCACACAAGAUUGAGAUCAAAGAGGGCCACAAUAUGGGAUUCGAAAGUAUGGCAAAUAUAUUGGAAUUGCUCUAUGAAGCAGGAGUGGAGCAUGUGACGGUGUAUGCAUUCUCCAUCGAGAACUUCAAGAGACUGAAGUAUGAAGUUGAAUGGCUCAUGGACUUAGCUAAGCUGAAGCUACAACAAAUUUGUCAGCAUGGAGACCUCUGUGAACAGUAUGGCAUAAGGAUCAAGAUAUUGGGGAACACAAAACUUUUACCUCAAGACGUUCGGACCAUUUUGAGAGAAACUGAGGCCAUGACUGAAAAUAAUACGAGGGCAGUGUUGAACGUUUGCUUCCCGUACACUUCAAGAGAUGAAAUGACCCAUGCAGUGCAACUGGUUGUGGCUGAAUCUGUAGCAAGACCUACGUUGGAGAUUAAUGAAGAGCUUGUGACUGACAAUUUAUACACAAAGGACUCUCCUCCCUUGGACAUCCUAGUCAGAACACUGGGAACUUAUAGACUAUCUGAUUUUUUGCUCUGGCAGUGUGUGCCGCUGACUUGCUCUGUAGUGUUUGUGGAGAAACUUUGGCCAGACUUCAGAGCUUGGGAUAUGUGUAAGGUCUUAUUGAACUGGGGCUUCAAUAUGUACUGGUAUGGACAUGGGAACGGUCUCUAUACAGGGUACAAUACGGGAGGACCAGGACUGAGAAAUCAUACUGGUAGUGGGACGCAGGAGAGCAGACGGUCAUCUGUGGCUACCAUUGACGAAAGAGGCCAUAGUACUGCAUUCGACGUAAUAGGAUCGAACCCGAGCAAACGCGCUACAGGCUAUGACAGAUAUUCGAUACAGGAGAACGAAGAGGAUAACGAAGACGAUGAAGAAGAAGAUGAUGAUUAUGACGAUGACGACGACAAUGAUGAUAAAGAAGGCCAGGCCGACGAAUUAGACACAGUGACAUCUGCAGAUGAAUAA